GGCGACAAAUAAACCCGUGGCGCGGGAUCCUGUUGUAUCGAUAUUCAAAAGAUGACCGACUUCUAUUCGAAAUCGCUAAAAAACAUUCCGAACAACUUCGACAAGGUUAGAAGCGAAGCGAAAGAGAGACGCAGGACCGUCCUUUAUUUGAUUUUGGCCUAUCUCGAAGAACAGGGCCUUCGCAACACUGCCGAAAACUUAAGAGCCGAGGCGCUGCUGGACGCGGCGGCGUAUCAAACAUGCGAAAACGUAGACUUAGACUUAAUCCUACGCGAGUACCAGAGCUACCACUACGUCAAGUACCAAAAGUACCCGAAAAUAUUGAGGAAAACGGGCGAACGUAGCGCGUGCGCAAUCAAAACUAAGUCGACCGAUGUUAAAAAUAAAACGCCAGACAAUCAAAACGGCGUCAAACCGCCUUGCGAAGCGGAACCAAGUUUCCAUUUCGAUAUCUUGUCGUAUGAGAACUCCCAAAACGACCAAAAGCCGCGAAAUUGUACAGAAACCGACUACGGUGACCUAACCAAACAAAUACUCGACGAUAUCGUACCGCACGACGCAGGUAUCGGUUGGCAACACUGUGUGGGAUUAUCAACCGCAGUGGAAAUUCUAAAAGAGAGCUGUAUCUACCCUCAACAGUACCCGGAGUUGUUCGUAGAUUUAGCACCUUGGAAAGGCGUGCUGCUGUACGGACCUCCGGGAACGGGGAAAACCCUUCUGGCUAAAUCGCUCGCUUGCGAAGCGAAAACGACAUUCUUCAAUGUCACAUGCAGCACGUUCGUCAGCAAAUGGCGGGGCGAGUCCGAAAAACUACUGAAGACCUUGUUCGACACUGCCACAUCGAACACCCCGUGCAUAGUGUUCUUGGACGAAGUUGAUUCCCUAGUGUGCAACAAUGGAACAGUCCACGAAGCUUCCAGAAGGUUCAGGAGCGAACUUUUGGUACGGAUUGACGGGAUCGUGAGCGCGGAACCAAACGUUUUCGUAUUGGCUAGUACGAAUUCGCCAUGGUUACUCGACAGCGCCGUCUUGCGGCGAUUCGAUAAGCGCGUACUUGUAGAUUUGCCCGAUAAGAUGGCGCGAAUUGAGAUUUUCCGUUGGUAUUUAAAAAAUCGCGCGCACAAUCUCACGGAUUGCGAUUUUGAGGCAAUAGGCGAGGAGACUCGCCAUUUUUCUGGGUCUGAUAUAAAAACGCUGGUCAAGGAAAUCGUGAUGGAGUCUGUGAGAAGCAGGAUCGGUGACAAGCAACGAAAAAACGGAGCACCGGAAAAGAUGACUUACCGAAGUGUGCAGAUGGCUUUGGAGAAAGUCAAGCCGUGCGCGAACGACAAGCUUUGCGCACGGUACCGAAAGUGGGCGGAGCAAUUCGGCGCGUUGUGACUGCGUACUUUUUAUUUCUAUCUUUCGUAUUUUUUUAAACAAAAGUUUACACUCUUUUAUAUGGCCACUAAAUUAUAAUUAAAGAGAUUAAGUUCCGUUAUUUUGCGUAUAAAAAAAUAACUCUUAUUACUCUGAUUACCAAGAGAAAUUACUAACGAUUCGCGAAUACCGAAUCGAAAGCCAAAAUAGAGAGUAUACUAAUUAAUUAAGAAUAAAAUUUUGGAUUGCUCCAUCUCUUGACAAAGUUGAAAAUAAAUCCGUUCGUGGU